AGACAUAUUAGUGAUUGAACUUAUAAGAAAGAAAGACUUGAGACUGUGCUUUGUUCGGAUUUAAGUAAACCCUUUGCUUUAUUCAAACCAAAACCUAAUUUACAUUGUUGUGUAAUGUCUGUGUUUGGUUUGAAAACCUUUCUCUCGCCAGGAACCAGGGAUCAUAUUUAACAUGUUCUGUGGGUGUGGGUUUAUGUGUGAGGAAAUCUCUGUCCUAUUAUUAUGUUGAAGAGCUGUUCUCCUUUGGGGGAGGCUGAUGUGUGUAUUUGCAUGAUAACUGAUGGGAGGUACAGUGCGUCGGGGGGUGUGAUAUUGUGAAGGCCAUAUUAAGUUGGCAAACACAGUCACACUAAACACACCACAUUAGAUUUUGUUGUUGUAAGACACCAGUUGUUCUUGUGAGACAUUUUAAGACGUCUAAAGGAUGGCUGCUGCUCAUGCUGAGAUGUGUGUUUGGAUUGAGCCAUGGCAGCAGAUUUUUCAGGUCUAUGGUGGACGGGUGUGUAACACACUCAUGGAAGGUUCUUGUGCAGACAGGACCCCUCUCCAUGAUGCAGCUUUGCAGGGCCGGCUACUCCCACUUAAAAAGCUCCUAUUGCAGGGUAUGCAUGUUGGUGUGACCACACUGGAUGGCAUCACUCCAUUACAUGAGGCCUGUCUAGGAGGCCAUGUUGCCUGUGCUGAACUACUGCUGAAGCAUGGAGCUGAUGCCAACGCUGUAUCAGUUGAUGGAGUCACACCUCUCUUCAAUGCAUGUUUCAGUGGGAACACGGACCUACUCAGACGCCUCCUAAAGCAUAGCUCUGUCUAUCACCCAGCUCACCGGCGUAAUUCACCCAUCCACAUUGCCGCAAAGCAAGGUCACACAGCUUGUGUGGAUUUGCUGCUGUCUUAUGGGAUGGAUGCUAAUAUGGAGUUGGAUGAAGUAGGCACACCACUUUACUGUGCGUGUGAAAGCAGGAGUACAGAGUGUGUGCAGAGGCUUCUAAUCUUAGGUGCUGAUGUGCAGUGUGGGCAUGGCCUUGACACACCAUUGCAUGCUGCAGUCCGAGUGGGUGGAGCCAAAGAAGUGGCACUGUUGCUCGAACAUGGUGCUGAUGGGAAAUGUAGGAAUUCGGAAGGAAUCACACCUCUGGAUCUGGCUACAGAUAACAGCAUUAAGCAGCUACUACAAACAGCAGGUCCACGGUCUCUGUCACAGAUGAGCCGGUUGUGCAUUCGUCGUUCCUUGGGCCAAAAAAGAUUGAACAAAACCAGAGUUCUCGAACUACCACACAUUCUGCACACUUAUAUUCUGUAUCAAUAACACACAUAUACAUAUUUUGUGUUUACUGAACUAAGUAUACAGAUUACAUAAUUUUAUACCCAAAGGACAAAUACUGAAAAACUAGCUUUCUGAAU